GGGAGACCUGACUCAAUUGCCUGAGGAAAUGUGUGGGGAGGAGUGUUUAAGUCCCAUGGCGGGUUCCCUCCCUCCCUCUCUCCUCUUCACCUUUGGUUAAAUUUCCGUGUGUGAAGGAUGUGCAUAUUGUGUGUGGUGUUGCUGCUGCUGCUGCUAAUACAAAACCUUCCCUGCCUGCUCAGCAACUGCUGCUCUCCUCACCCACCCUUCCCGGUCAUCCUUUAAAUAAAUUAAAUGAUGAUGAUGAUGAUGAUGAUACAAAAUAAUUUUAUUGAAAAAACUGGAGGGGGAAGGCACCCACCUAUCUGUUUCUUCUGGCGGUGGCUGUCUUCAUGGGGUUAUGGGAAAAGGGGGAAACUCCCCCCCCCACAGCUUUUUUGCCCCAAUUCUUUCUCCUGAGGAGAGUCACACCUUUCUUUUUUAAGGGCUUGGAGAAAGGGAGAUUAUGUUUUUGUUCAUCUAUCUGCCCCUCCUGUUCUCUUAGAAAGGAACCCCAUUUUUAGGGCAGGGGGCACCAGCCUCCAUUCACAAGUGGAGAGGCCCUUCUUAGACAUUAAGUGCUUCUGUUGUUUGACCCAGAUCCUGCUUCUUCUGGCAAUUGAUUUGUUCUUUCUUUUCCUGGUUGUGUGUAUCUUUCACUCCUCAGGGCUUCAUGCAACGCCUCUGUCAUUCUGUAAGAUCAUCUAUCCCGACCAAGCUCAGAAGAAUUUUGCAAGUUUGAGUUGGUCAUGUCCUUUCCAAAUUGACCUCACAGAUCUAAAGCUGUCUUCCUGAAACCACAUUUGCCUUGGCAGCUCCAUGUGAAGUUGGUAUCUUCUAUAGUAUCUUUUUCUAGCAAGUCUCCUCAGGGGUUCCAUGAAGAUGGUUGUCCCUGGGAGUGCCCCUAUAAUUCAGCCAGACCAUAGUCUUGGAACUGAACUCAGCCGGGGCUCAGCAGAGAACUCUGUGAUGGGUCCCGAUACUGAACCAGUGGAUGAUCAAGUGGGCCCUGAGCUGGAAGAGGUGCGGAAAUUACAAGAACUUGUGAGGAGACUUGAGCUCCAGAAUGAGCAGUUGAGAACUAGAAGCCUUCAAAGUGUGCCAGAGGCAAAACUGCUGAGCCAAGCUGCCGCUAGAGUGGAUAAUUGCAAUUCCAGGCUCAAUGGGAUGGAAAUGAAUAAUAGCAUCAACACUCUGAUGGAUAAACAGGAAUUGCAGAUAGUGGCAGACUUACACUCUGCACUGAGUAAAAUGAGUUCAGAAGCAGAGGAGACUGAUGACAUCUUGCAAAAGGAUGUAGAGGCCACAGAACAGAACAACUGUACCAGUGGUUGUGGGGAACAGCCUCCUAACACAAAGUUUGUGAGCAAUACAGAAAUGCAGAACAGUGAUGCUAAUACCAAUGACUUGUCUAGUUGGAAUGGUGGCAGCACAGUGCUAGUAGAAGACUUCAUCACAGGUAUUGAGCCAGCACUGAGAAAGAGCGAAGGGGAUGCAGAAGUAGAACACCUCUUUAACGAGACAACUCUGGAUGAAGUGGAGCUGUUAGAACUUGAGAAUGCUGACGAUGAAGAGGACACCUGGCUAUAUGUGUCUUCAAGAAAAAUACCAGCAGAUGAAAAGGAGUCUCCCCUGAAGUGGUGUAGGCAUGUGUUAGACAAUCCUAGUCCUGAGACGGAGGCAGCCUGCCGUACCCUAAUUAGCAGACUUGACCAAGCCAGUAGGUGGAAAUCCAUGUAUUGCGGUCCACUGGCAUCUUCAAGUGUGCAUAACUUGAAUACAGACACAGGGUCCUGUAGCAAUGCACUAAACAUACCCGGGUACUGCAAAUCAACUAACAAACCGCUACUAACUUGUGGCAGCUCAGGUUAUGUGGGCAUGCAUUCAGCAUUGAGCUCUCAGUCUUCCGUUGACAGUGAACUCAGUACCUCAGAUGACUCUAUCACGAUGGGAUACAAACUGCAAGACUUGACAGAUGUGCUGGUUAUGGCCCGUCUACAGGAAGAAAGUCUUCGCCAGGAUUAUGCCUCCAGCUCAGCCUCUGUUUCCCGUCGUAGUUCCAGUGCUUCUUUGCAUUCAUUGCGCAAAGGCACCUACAGUGACCAAGACUUUGACACAUACAGUCUGGAGGAUGAGGAUGAUGGCUGUUCCUUUUCCUAUCAUAGUAGCCACAGAUACUCACCAUCCCCACUGAACUCACCACGGUGCCAGUCCCCAUCCACAAACACAGACUUUGGCAGGGCAACAGGCACCCGGAUUCACACCUCCCGGAGAGCAGUGCAGAAUUCCAUUCCGGAAAGGCUGAAAUAUUCUGGGAAUGAAGAAGAGCUAAGGCACAGCAUUCCUAACCUGGCCAGAACAGGUCGGCGUUCCUUGGAGUCUAUAAAGAACAGCCGCAGCUUGGAGUCAGAUCUGCAGGUUCCCGGUAGUCGACUCUCCAGAAUCAAUCAGCCAUCGGCUGGUCUGGCUCCAAGUAAGCUCCGCUAUUCCUCGGGUGCUGGGAAGCCACCCUUAAUAGUCCGACAGCCAAUGAAAGCAGGUUCUUGUGCCAGUAGUCCCAUAACACCACAGCAGUCCGUUAGAGCUGCUGGUUUUGCCAGUACUGUUGGCAGAGUUCGAAAGCUACAGUCUUCCACACAGCAUCCAAAUUCUGCUGGUGGUGGCAGUUUGGUGGCUAGAAGCAAUAGUAUGGCCACAGGAGCAAAACACGCCCUUCCAAAAAGUAGAACGUCCAUUGGGGGGACAUCCUCCCUGAAGAGCAAGCUGGCACAGCCAGCCAAGAGAUUUCCGAAGGCCAGUGUUUCUGCUGAUGACUCUUGGAAAGAAGGGUGCUUCUGAGCCAAUGUGAAGUUACAGUGGUACCUCGGGUUACAUACGUUUCAGGUUACAGACACCGCUAACCCAGAAAUAGUACCUCGGGUUAAGAACUUUGCUUCA